GCAGCGCUCAGCCUGGCGGAGCACUGGGGCGAGAGCACGUCGAAGGUGUGCCGCAACCGAGACGCCGGCGGCUGCCAGCCGCUCUCGUCCAAGUCGGCCGGCUCGUGCCUGCCGAUGCCCGUCUGCACCAACCAGAACCUCACCUUCCAGCCGAGCGACUACAAGAACGACGCCAUGUUCAAGCCCAUCCUGCACUACACCGGCGAUGCGAGCGUCGCACCCUUCACCCUCGACAGUGGCCUCCUGGCCGCAGGUCCGGAGGGCGUCGUGCUGGCGCUCACGACGCCGUCGCAAGCCAAGAUCUCGACGACGCACUACAUGCUGUACGGCGAAGUCGAGCUGGAGAUGCGGCACGACCGCGGCGCCGGCAUCGUCGCGGCGUUCAUCACAAUGAGCGACGACCGCGACGAGAUCGACUGGGAGUUCACGACCGACGACCCGCAGGACCUGCAGACCAACUUCUUCGUGCAGGCCGUCCGGCCCACGGGCGGUACUGUGGCGGCCAACGUGAAUGCGCCGUCGUCGAGCUUCAGCGUCAGCGACUGGGUGCGUGCGGUAGCCUCAUUCUCGUGUCUGCUCGUGCUCACACUUCGUUGCCAGCACACGUACGGCUUCGUCUGGACCGCAGAUCGGCUGGCGUGGAAGAUCGAUGGCCGUGUCGUGCGCAGCGUCAACGCCAAGGACUACUCGGGCUGGCCGACGACGCCGAGCCGUAUCCAGGUCUCGAUGUGGGCCGGCGGCAACUCGACGAACCCGCCGGGCGUCAUCCAGUGGGCCGGCGGCCCGAUCGACUGGACGUCGAGCCAGUACACGAGCAAGGGCUACUACGCCAUGGAGAUCCGCUCGAUGAACGUCACCUGCGGCUCGCCGCCGGCCUCGGACGUGACGUCGUGGGUGUACACGGGCGCCAACGACACGAGCACCAACAAGCCGGCGUUUGAGACGUCGAGCAAGGCGAUCUCGUUCCUCAAGGACCCGAGCCAGGACGGCGUGCCCGGCACGCCCGGUAGCGGCGUGCAGGUGGGCGACAAGGUCGAGGGCACGUGGAACGGCAAGGGCUCCAGCAGCAGCAGCUCCGGCACGUGGUUUACCAAGGACAACAUCCUCAAGAUCCUCGUGCCCUCCAUUGCCGGCGCGAUUGCGCUCAUCGCCAUCUGGGCCAUCGUGGUGCGCUGCAUGCGCCGGCGGCGGAACAGCCGCGCUGCCGACUCAUCGCUGUCGAACAUCCCGGCAUCGGAGGGCGGCCUCAAGGGCGCCGGCGGCCUUGUCGGCGGCGGUGCAACUCGCUACUCGGCGCUGCCCAACGUCGACAAGGACGUGCCGAUGGGCGCACAGCGCUACGGCGCCGGCCUCGGACCUGCAGCAGGGCCCCGGCCCGACGGCCGCGGCGCUCACUUUGCCGACGCCAGCUCCGAGAGCCUCGAGAUGGCGCAGCAGAAGCGCCCGCACAGCCCUGCCGUCUCGCAGUACUCGUACCGCGCCGACGGCUACGCCAACGGCGGCUUCACACCGGCACCGCAGCAGUGGCGAACGCCGGCCCCGCAGCACGGCUGGCCGCAGUACGGCCCGGCACAGACGCCGCCACCGCAGCAGCAGUACGGCUAUGCUCCGGGCCAGUACGCUCAGCCGCAGUACCAGCCGCGUGGCUACCCCGCACCGCAGCAGGGCUACCGGCCUGGCCCGUACUAGCCGUCACGCUCCCUUCUCUACUCAUUGGUGCUCCCGGACGUGUACUGACUUGCAUGUUGCUCACCCGACGUGCAAUCUAUCCUGCUAACCUAUCGUGUUGGUCUCUCGAGUGAGC